CUCCUUUCGUUGUGAUCCUCCUCCCCAGCGGCGACAAUGUCCUCUCCAGCACCGCCUGCCUCCCUGACGCGCGCCUCGGUCGAAGCCGCCCACGCCCUUAUCAAACCGCACAUCCACGACACGCCCGUCUUGACCAACACCACCUUGACCAACCUCGCCAAUACUCGUCAAGCACCCGAAGCCCUGCAAAGAACACAAUGGGAGGGCCAAGAGCCCGCGCACCCGAGGGUGAAGCUCUUCUUCAAGUGCGAGAAUUUGCAGCGCAUUGGCGCGUUCAAAGUACGCGGAGCCUUCCAUGCCGUAACGCGAUUGAUUGAGAAAGAGGGGCUGGAGCAAGCCCUUGCGCUUGCUGCAAAGACCUUCUCCAUCCCCGCCCACAUCGUCAUGCCCUCUAUCUCCACGCCCUCUAAGAUAGCCGGGACCCGCGCCCAGAAUGCCAAUAUACAUUUCUCCGGCUCCACGAGCACCGAACGCGAGGCUGUCGUUGCAGACGUAAUCAAGGACACAGGCGCUACCCUAAUUCCACCAUACGACCAUCCUCACAUCAUCCUCGGUCAAGGCACAAUGGCGCUGGAGAUACAAGACCAAGUAGAUGAGCUGCUUGCAAGCGGUGAGAAACUCGAUGCCGUCAUAGCGCCCUGUGGUGGCGGCGGCAUGCUAAGUGGAAUCGCAGUCGCACUGCACGGCACUGGCGUACGUGUUUUCGGCGCGGAACCCAGUUUUCAAGGUGGAGACGAUGCGAGGAGAGGCGUUGAAGCGGGUGAACGUGUCACCAGCGUCAAGACCUUGACCAUCGCAGACGGACUUCGCACACCCCUCGGCCAUCACACGUGGAACAUCAUCUCGAACAAAGACUACGUGCAGGCCCUAUACGCCGUCACGGAGCAGAACAUUAAAGAUGCCAUGAAACUUGUCCUGGAGAGGAUGAAGUGUUUCGUUGAGCCGAGUGCCGUCGUUGGGCUGGCAACUAUAUUGUACAACGAGGAUUUCAGGAAUAUGGUUCAGAGGGAGGCUGGGGACAAGACUUGGAACAUUGGUGUUGUGUUUAGUGGAGGCAACACCACGAUAGAGGCUAUUACAAAGAUCUUUGCCGAGGUACCGGAGGAUAGGGCAGAGAGGCAGGAGGGCGUGCUGGGUAGAGAUGGUAGGAGGGUAGCUGAGAACGUUGCGGGU